GCAUGUUGGUGUGGUGGUGGUGAGGGCAAUGGAGCAUAACCCAGACGGUGAAUGACUCAUUCCAGCCCCACACUCUCCUUCCAGCUUCUCACCAACCUCGCCCCUUCACCAUCCCACCACCCGGACGCCUCAUUUCACCAGGUAGUCAGAAAGUAAUGUAGAGUUAGAAACCAAAAUGUCUGAAUACUGCCUCCGUUGGAACAACCACCGGCCCAACCUGGUGACGGUGUUUUCCGAGCUCCUGACCUCUGAAGCCCUGGUGGACGUCACACUGGCUACCGAUGGUCACUACAUACACGCACACAAGCUGGUACUGUCAGCAUGCAGUGUUUACUUUAAGGACUUGUUUGGGGCAAACCCUUGCAAACAUCCCAUUGUGAUCCUCAAGGAUAUUCGUAUCGAUGACCUGAAGACUGUGAUCGACUUCAUCUACCGCGGGGAGGUCAAUGUCUCCCAGGACAGACUACAAGAUGUGCUCAGGACUGCAGAAUCACUAAGGAUAAAAGGACUGGCAGAGAACCCACGUAGCUACGAUGAGAUGUCUAGUCAUGGUGCCCGCUUCUCAUCAUCCUCACUUGGUUCACAGGUUACACGACAAAGAUCAUCCCUAACGGACUCCCGAGAACAGUCACUCAGCUUGGAGGGAGAUGAGGAAGCUGAACCCGGUACACCGCCAUCCUCCAAGAGACGUAAAAUCACAGCAUCACACGACAGUUCGGAAAGCCUUCAUGGUGAACAUGAAGAGACAGAAAAUGAGGACAGGGGACGGUCUUGUGAAGUGAAAGAUGAACCGCUUGAUGAACACGAAAAUGAGAAACCACAAACCAGGGAUGUAGAACAGGAGUCAAAUGUGAAUCGUGUAGCUGAUGCAAUGCUGAUGCUCCAGGGUGCAAGUCAAGACACUGGGGAGGAGUCGAACACCACCCCGGGAACCAGCAGUGAUUCUACCUUAACGUCAACGCAUUCACAAGGGGCCGUGGGUGUCGUGGGCCUCCUCCCCCCCCAACCUUCUGCCAGCCAACAACACUAUAUGUACCCUAACUCAGCAUAUCCAAAACUUCAGGCAGCUAAUGGCUCUACCAUAACUAUCCGCAACGGCACCCCCGAGAGUUUCUUGCGUGCCAUAGAUGAGGUGCGGGAGGGCAGAAUGGGGUUCUGUAAAGCUGGCCGCCUCUAUGGGGUAAGCCACGCAACUCUGCAGAAGUACUAUAAGGCAAUGGGAUAUAGUCUGCGCAAUCAGACCCAUAAUCCUAAUUUUCGAAAACGCCCAGAAGGUUUUCCAGUGGUGCCUCAACAGCGGUACUAUUCAUUGCCGCCCGCUCAGUCAGACAAGCAUUACCCAUUUGGUAAUUCAUUUGUCUUGCCUCACAUCAUUGUCAAAUCAAGUAACAGCUCCCGUAGUCAAAUGCAAGACGGAACAUUUGCUGGUGUACGAUCACAGGCAGUCACCAGUGUGAGUACACAUGCUGGUGUACAAGUACAGCCAGUCAGUAAUAUAAGUGUACAUGGGGGUGUACAAGCACAUCCAGUUAGUAAUGUGAGUGCACAUACUGGUGCACAAGUACAGCCAAUCAGUAAUAUGAGUACACAUGCUGGUGUACAAGCACAGUCAGUUAGUAAUGUCAGUACACACGCUGGUGUACAAGCACAGCCAGUUAGUAAUGUGAGUACACAUGCUGGUGUACAAGCACAGCCAGUUAGUAAUGUGAGUACACAUAUUGGUGCACAAGUACCAUCAAUCAGUAAUAUAAGUACACAUGCUGGUGUACAUGUACAGCCAGUUAGUAAUGUGAGUACACAUGCUGGUGCACAAGCACAACCAGUCAGUAAUGUGAGUACACAUGCUGGUGUACAAGCACAGCCAGUUAGUAAUAUGAGUACACAUGCUGGUGCACAAGCACAACCAGUCAGUAAUAUGAGUACACAUGCUGGUGUACAAGCACAGCCAGUUAGUAUUAUGAGUACACAUGCUGGUGUACAAGCACAGCCAAUUAAUAAUAUGAGUACACAUGCUGGUGUACAAGCACAGCCACUUAGUAAUGUGAGUACACAUGCUGGUGUACAAGCACAUCCAGUCAGUACUAUGAGCGAGCAGCAGCAGCAUGAAGCAAAGAUGGGGAACUCAAUAUGUGACCCUACACAACACCUUCUUGGCUCUCACAGAAGAUUACAGCCACACACCCAACAGCCUCAUGUAGCUGCCAGCCAGACUUUCCAGGACCCCUGUUCUACCCCACAUUAUCCUCUUAAUGAUAACUCAUGAACUUAUCUUUAAGCACAAGUUUCUGUAAUAUAGGAAUUUAUGCAGUCAAAAGGCAGUACAUAAUUUUGUUCUGGGAUUCUAUGCUUAGCAUAUACUCAUGAUGAUUAUUUUUUGAUGGUACUUUAUUCAUGUUACAGUAUAUAUGUGCCAGUAUAAAUUAUCUGCCCAACUUUUAUGUGGGUAAAGUUUCUUGGUAGGCAUUUAAAAAGAAAAAAAGAUAAAAUAAGUUUUAUAUCUUUUUGCAUACUAGAUAUACAUAUCUGUACUCUCCCAUAUUUACUCCCUUCACUGUACACACUAAACUUUCUGCACAAGAUGGUUGUUGUCUUCAAGCUUAUUAGGUUGUCCCUGGAGUGUGACACAUGGUUAAGAUUUUCUUGAGCAUUUGAUUCCUUGUACUGUGUAAACCAUGAUGAAAUCUUCACAGAGCCAAAAAUGAU